AUGUUCAGUGGCGCCUCGAGCCCACCUAAAGACAAGACAGAUCCAACGCCGAUUCCACGAUCUGAUAUCGACACAAGCGCGAGCCUCCAGCCCGAAAACGCCAGCCCUCGUGAUAAGAGGUUCUCUCCGCCUGGAUCCGGAUUCUUUACUCGCCGACAGAGUGAAGACCAGGCCCCCGCCGCCGAUAAGGAUAAGAAGCGUCGCAGUAGCACUGUCAACAAGGCUGCCAGCUUCUUCAGCAACGCGCGGAAUUCCUUGAGUCUCAACGGAGGUAGCUCCAACGCGAGGGAGUAUUCAGGAAUCAGCAGCAGCCCACAGAGCUCUGACAGCCCACUGCAAAGGCUUGGAAAGAUGGACCCGGCCCUGAGUGUCCCACAAGGGUCGUUCAAUAACUCUGCCGGUGAAUCAGGACCUACCGCAAAAUCGUCCUUCCGAGUCGGUGUCACUGAAGACCGCAAUAGAAAAUGCCGUCGGACUAUGGAAGAUACACAUGCAUACUUGUACAAUUUCCUGGGAACCCCGGCACCAAAUGCAUUACUCGACCUAAAUCGCAGCUCCCCGUCAAAUGACUCUCAGUCUGGAGAGCUGUCAAGCGUGGUAGAAACCGAUAAUGGCUACUUUGCUAUCUUUGACGGGCAUGCUGGUACUUUUGCGGCGGAGUGGUGUGGAAAGAAGCUGCAUUUGAUCCUUGAGGAGAUCAUGCGGAAGAGCCCCAACGUACCCGUGCCCGAACUCCUCGAUCAAACUUUUACAAGUGUUGAUCAGCAACUGGAAAAGCUACCGGUGAAGAACAGUGGAUGCACUGCUGUGGCCGCCGUGCUCCGCUGGGAGGAUCGUGUGCCAAGCUCACAUUCGGCCACCGGUUCUGCGGCUCUUGCGCCGGCCGUUGCAGCGGCCAAUAAGAACGAUAACUCCGAGGCUGCUGAGACUCCAACCCAGGACACACAUAUGGGAGGAUCUGGUGCUCUCCCUAAGUUACAUGAGAAUGCCGUUCGGCAGCGCGUUCUGUACACAGCCAACGUGGGCGACGCCCGAAUUGUAUUGUGCCGCAAUGGAAAAGCGCUGCGCUUGUCAUACGAUCAUAAAGGAAGCGAUGAGAACGAAGGCAGACGUAUAACCAACGCUGGUGGCUUGAUUCUUAACAACCGCGUGAAUGGUGUGCUAGCAGUUACCAGAGCUUUGGGUGAUAUUUAUCUUAAAGAAUUGGUGACUGGACAUCCUUACACCACUGAGACUGUCAUUCAACCCGAUGCGGAUGAGUUUAUCAUCCUCGCCUGUGAUGGGUUAUGGGAUGUCUGCAGCGACCAGGAAGCAGUUGAUCUGAUCCGAAACAUACAGGACGCACAGCGUGCUUCGAAGAUCUUGGUGGAUCACGCACUUGCUCGCUUCAGUACUGACAAUCUGUCUUGCAUGGUGAUUCGCCUCGAUAGCAACCGAGUUAAGGAUAUUGUGAACAAUAAGUCGGAGCCCAUUGGCGUGGAUGGCGAUCCAGCCACCCAUGUUUCACGUGGUAUGAGCGAAGCCGAUAAGAUUGUGGAGGACGCGCAGAAAAACUUGGCGAGUCAUGAGCUUGCAGAGCAAGCCGGUCAAGCUAUUCCCCAGAAGUCAGGACAAGAUCAAACCCCUGGGUCAGAGACGGCCCCUGGUAGCUUGCCUUCAUCAUUUCAGUAG